UUAUGGCGCGCGCGUGUGUGUGUGUGGGUGUGCGCGAGUGUAUUUAUUUUUGACAAUUGUAGCCUGGGAUUGUGGCGGACAACGCAGGCAUCAUCUGCUGAUCCGCCGUUCCGAGAGCGAAGACAAAAGAAGGCGACGAGAGUAUGUCGAAAAGCGGCUAGAGAAUCGGAACUGCCGUUCCUCGUCGGUGGCAAGUGAUCGUUGAUAAUUUCCAUUCCUUAAUCGUAAAACGAGAUUAUCAACUGCGGGAAUGAGAUCGUCAGAAUCGUGAGUCGUAAAUCGGCCGUCCAGCGGCGAGGAGGGAGAUUCGGUGAAGCCCGAGAAUUGAUAGUCGUAGCUGAGAAAUCAGCGCUCGGUAAGCUGAAGAACAGGGAAAAGUGUGUCUGUGGCAAAGUUCGAAGAGCCGUGAAGACUGUGCGCUGUGAUAUCGGCGAAUAUCAGCGGUGCGAGUACCUCGGCCUCACCUCGUAUGGCUCAGGGUAAAAUAUGGCCACGGUAUACGAGAGCCCGUUCCUUUCGAACAGGCUUCGCCAGAUCGAGGAGAGAUACGAGGAGCCGACUACGUUCGGUCGUUGCGACUGCACCAGCUACAGCUACCUCGCCCUCAGCGUCGUCCUCUUCGCCGUCGGCACGGCGAUAACGAUUCUUGCCCUCGGCGACGUCGCGAACGGCUACAUAUUCUCACAGCUAGGACACAUGUGGCUCGUAGGACCGAUAUUCAUAUGCUCCGGCCUUAUGGUUGCCGUUAAAUGCAUGCUAUACCUCAGACGAAAAUCCGUCAUACAGAUGAUAUAUCAUCAGCGGCAACUAUUCCGACAUUUACAGGAGCUGGCCGGCGCUCAGGCGGUAAAUGGGUCUGGCACAGGAACCCCUGGUCCACCCCCGUACGAGGUCAUCACCCAGGGACAAGGUCCGAGCGAGCUGCCACCUCCUUCGUACGCCGAAGCUGUUGCCCUUCUUCAGCAAGCAGGUGUCCAAGAUGACAAGCUGCCUGGAGUUGCGACAUCCUGUACCUCGGUAGCAGUGGGCGAGGCGGGAAGAACCAAGCCCUGAAUAAUCCACAUCGGGAUUCACUCUUUUGUGAAUAUCGGAUUGCAUUGUGUGUCGCUGCUUCCUGCUUCGAUUGGAUAGUCGGUACAUGGGGAAAAAAAAAAGAAACAGAAAAAAAGUACGAAAGCACCUUUUGUAUUGGUACACAGCUCGGAACUGAAUGGAGACUGUCGUUGUCUCUGUUGCGGACAAUUUGUCGACCUUCACUUAUUGCUGGCUGGCUGGUGCCGGUGGUGAGUAUUUCACAUUCUCUCUGCUGGCAAACUACUAAUUCUACGAUAUGUGUGAGACGAUGACUUUGUUCUUCACAUAUCUUCCAAAGAGAGUCGGUUAGGCGGACUGAGAAAUCGAUCGUUUCCCUUAUUUGUGACGUUUUUUUUCUUCCUUCUGUUUACCAAAUGACAAAAAUACCUUCCAAAUAAUGUUUUCUAAGACUGUCGAAUCGUGCCCUCUUCCCGCGAACUUUUAUCGCCAUCUUUACAUUAUCCCCAAUCAAUUUGAUUGGCUUUUCCUUGCCCAAGCCUAGAAGCAUACUUUGAUUUCAUCCCCAUUACCUAUCCUGUCAUUAUAAACCACAAUCUUAAUCAUUACGAUGGAACGGAUCUAAC